CCGAAUUGUAAAAGGGUGAGUGUAGUCGCAUCUUCCUCAAAACACUUCAACUCUUCCUGCAGUCGGUUAUUCUGCUCCAUUACUGACCUGACAUCUUCCUGCAGCUCCGGAAAUCUGAUGCUUCUGGCCAAGUUCAAUUUUUCUGUUCAUUUCUUCACUGGGGAUGGCUGCGAAAAGGUGGCAACCUGGUACGCAGUGUGUCGCCAAGUGUGACCACACCAAGCCUAAAGGGAAUGAGAUUGCCUAUCUUAAAGGAGACAUCCUUACAAUUUUGGAUGUUUUGGAAACGGGAAAGUCUAUCUUCAGAGCCAGACACAACAGAACAGGUGAAGAGGGUGUACUUUCUGCUUCUAAAGUGCGAGAGCGGGAGGUCCUGCGUGUAGACCCCAACCUUAGCCUUAUGCCCUGGUUCCAUGGUAAGAUAUCUGGUCCUGAGGCGGUCAGUAAACUACGGCCCAUGGAGGACGGCCUGUUUCUUGUGCGGGAGUCCAUUCGCCACCCAGGCGACUACGUUCUGUGUGUCAGCUUUAAGCAAGAGGUCAUUCAUUAUCGUGUCAUCUAUCAGGACUCCAAGCUGACCAUCGACAGCACACAGCACUUUUACAAUCUCAUCGACAUGGUGGAGUUUUACUCUAAGAAUAAAGGAGCUCUCGUUACUACACUGCAGAAGCCAAAGCAGAAAGAGGGAGCCAGAUCGGCAGCACUGCAACUGUAUAAAACGGGGUGGUUACUGGACCUCGCUGGCCUAACUCUAGGAGAGAGCAUUGGAGAGGGCGAGUUUGGAGCGGUGUAUGAAGGAGAGUACAUGGGCAGGAAGGUGGCCGUGAAAAACAUCAAGUCUGAUGUCACCGCUCAGGCUUUCCUGGGCGAGACAUCGGUCAUGACAAAACUACAGCAUAAAAACUUGGUGCAGUUGCUGGGAGUGAUUUUGCAUAAUGGUCUCUACAUCGUUACAGAAUUUAUGGCUAAGGGUAAUCUGGUGAAUUACCUGCGGUCCCGGGGACGUUCAGUCAUUUCUACAGUCCAGCUUCUGCACUACGCUCUAGAGGUGUGUGAAGGCAUGGAGUAUCUGGAGUGUAAAAAACUUGUUCAUCGAGAUUUGGCUGCUCGCAACAUCCUCCUAUCUGAGGACAACGUGGCCAAGGUCAGUGAUUUUGGCCUGGCCAAGGUGGACUCGCAGGCUUUUGACAAUACAAAGUUACCAGUGAAGUGGACUGCACCAGAGGGUCUAAAGAACAAGAAAAUUUCUACACGCUCGGAUGUUUGGAGUUAUGGUGUGCUUCUUUGGGAGAUAUUCUCUUAUGGCAUGCAGCCCUAUCCCAAGAUGUCCCUGCAAGAGGUAAAGGAGCAGGUGGAGCAGGGCUACCGUAUGGAGGCUCCUGAGGCAUGCCCACCUGAGGUUUAUACCAUAAUGAGAGACUGCUGGGAGAAGGAACCCAAGAUGAGGCCUUCUUUCCACAAGCUACGAGAGCUCCUACAGGCCGAGGUGACCAAACAUGAGUCCAGCCCCGUGCUGACCUCAUGACCCUAAAACCUGACUUUAAUUUCACAAAGGAAUCACACUAUUAUGGACGUCAUGGGGUUCUAUCUGUGGUUGGGUUCACUAAGAUUCAACACGGCAGACUUUGCUGGCUAAUUUAUUAUUUCUAAUUUAUCUUUAAUGCCUUUAAAAUUAAUGCAUAGUGUAUUGAGUACUGAAUAUCAGAAUUAUAUAUAGAUAAGUCCAAGCCACAUGAAAAUGCAAGUGUAAACACCCCCAAAUUACAAUUAUUUAAGAUGCAUGUAAGCCAUGUUGUAGCAGUAUAAAUGUAUCCAUCUCUUCAAGACACAUUCCACAAAGAAAACUCUUUCCAAUUGUUAAUCAGGUCAUAGGGCUAAAAAUCUUUUUAAGAUACAAUUCAGAUACUAGUCCUAUAAGUAAUCAGAUGUGAACUGGGUCUCAGUGUAAUACAAUCUACAUGGGUGUCUGUUAGCUUUUGUAACAGAACUGGCAGUUAAUGUUCUCCUCCAAGCAUGUUGAGCUCCAGUGGUAUUGCGCUAGCAGUAGUUUAAAUAGAUGUGGUGGUUCUUCAUGCGCCAUAAGAAAAGCACAUGCUAGCCUCCACUCAUCCAGCACUUUACACUUUACAGGGAUUUACACAUUGUGAAAAAAUUCAUAAACGUAAAGUAAAUGACUCUGUACCUAUCUGUCCCUUUUGUAUGUUCCAUUUAAGCAAAAGGGGAACCUACUGAAAAUACUGAUCUAUUUUGAAAUGCAUGAUUUUUUUUGCUUAAAUUGUAAUGCUGUAAAUAGAUAUUGUGCAGUUAAAUUAAAAAGACAUUUAAACUUAAGCAUUCUUACUAGUGCUUUUAAAUGUCUGAACUGUAACAGUUUGAAUGUCUGCAUUAUCAAAUUAAAAUAUUUUUUCAUAUAUGCACAAGAACACUUUAAUGUAUUACA